AUGUUUUCCCAACCAACUCCAACGACUUUGUCAUCACCUGUAGCAUUUAGUGAAGGUAAUAAUAUUUUGGAUUCACUCGCGUUAACAAACAUAACCAAAGUUAGUGUAUCACCACAAUCCCUUCAAUUGAACAAUGAACAUUCAUUGGACUGUCAAUUAGAUAAGAAUACGCCGCUAUGUAAUCUCAAAUCAGACCAAAAGAAUUCCGAACUAACUGUACUCAGUAAUAAACGUGAAAAUCAUGUAACAUUUUUAAGUCCGGAGUAUAAUACAACGUAUGAUUUACCAAAUCAACUGCAAGGCGUCACUUGUGAAAAAAGUAUUCAUGAGGUAGGUUUACAUGAAAAUACAAACGAAACUGAGUUUUCUAACCACCAUCAACAUGAGAAAGGCAGUUCAGUAUCUCAUUUUAAUUUUAGUUCAGAUAUAAAAAGCAAUCCAGAUCAAAUCAAUAACAAGGAUAACAUCUCUGUAAAUUAUCUAGUUAAAAACAACUUGUACAAUCAAAACGGUUUACAUGUUGAACUAAGUGACAGGUAUGAUACACCAAACUUUUGUCAGAAUAAUGAUCAACAUUCAACUUACAAUGAAAAUAAAGCAAAACUAAGGGUCCAGUUAGAGAGAAUUUUCAACAAAGUAACUGAAAAACGUUCAGAAACUACAUUAAUGAGAGAAGCUAUUGUUACAACCACUGCUAAUUGUAAAAACUCUCAAGAUAAUAAGCAGAAGAGAUAUUUUGGGAACUAUCCUGUUUCUAAUGCUUCAUCUCAUGAGAAGCCGAUUAUGAAAAAUCUCAAUGUUACUCAGGACAAAUCCAACUACAACAAAAGUGAAAAGUUAAGAAUAUUACCUAUGCAUAUUACCAAAGUUGUUAAUGAAUUAAGAGAACUUCUAUGUGGAACCUGGCCAUUAAAAUCAAGUCGCAUGUUAGAUGUGCAAAAAUUUGCAUGCCAGAAGGGUUUGCAAUAUAGACAAGAACAUAAUCAGCUAACAGUUCAAGAAAGUCAGUCGAGCCAAGUUUCAUUCUCAAGUAAAGAGAAUUCCGAAUUUAAAAAGAAGAAAACGUCAUCUGUUUCAUUCGAAAAUUUAAUCCAAAAUCUAAGCAGUCCAUUGUCUACAGAACUAGGAAACUCAAAGUUUUCCUCAACAAUAGGUAUUAAUUCUGAAGACGAUCUAUGCUUUGAGAACAUAAAAAGGUCUGUUGAAAAACAGUUAAAUAACAUUUUGAGGAAACAAAGGGAUAUAUAUGGCACAAGGUCGCUUUCAGCCUCAUCAUCACCUGUAAAAUUUCUAGAUAGAAAUCUGUAUUUCAAUAAAAUCGAUUUUUCAGAAUGUCAUCCAACAAAUAAGUUUGUAUCAAAUUACGAAAGUGGCUCUUUCUUUGGUAAAGCCGAUAAAAAACACAGUGAUAAAAGUAAACCCAAGAAUAACGUUGUAAUCAAUUCGUCACAUACAUUAAAAAAUAAGUCAAAUAAAUAUGCAUGUCAAGUUAAUAAUUAUAGUCCAGAUAGGACUUCUUGUUUAGGGUUAUUAGGCUUAUGUAGUCAGUUAAACAACAUAUCUAACCAUUUCACCUCACAUUCGCCUCGAAUACAAAGCAUUUCAAGAAAAAAACUGUUGGAAAAUGUUUCUAUAUCCCCCACUAAUGCAGCAGAAAAUAUGAAUUAUUCUACGCCUGAAAUCCAUUCUCCUUUACCUAGUCAAAACUUCUUAAGGUUAACAAAUAGUCAGUGGGAUUGUUCAAAAAGGCUAUUGGACUUUUCAUUUGAUAAAGAUGUUAAAGGUUGCACUGAUCGUCACUCAAACCCACUAAACCAUAAUAUCAAAUGUAUUGCUAAUAAUCCAGAAAGGUAUUUUUACAGUGAUUGUUCAUCUUCGUGUUUCGAUUAUAUCUACGUCCCUGGAAAUAAUUCACGACUGAAGUUCAGGGAAAAAAGAAGACGAGGGGCAGUCAUCAAAUUAAGGCGGUCUAAGAAAGUUUUGUCUGAUACAUAUUCAAAUAAUUCCAGUUCCUUAAAAGAAAAAUACGUUCAAAUCAACCCAAAUGAAUGUAAUCAGAUAUCGAAUUUUAUACUACCAAGAUUUUCUAGAGAAUCCGAUCUGAAAAAUAAUAGUUUAAUUCCUGCCAAUUUGCGAAAUGUUUAUGAUGAACGACUUUUCCAUCCAUCUGAAGGAAACCCUAUUUCAAGUAGAUUAGACUCUGAAUUUAUCAACAACAAGAUAUGA